AUGCGUUUUCCGAUGACAUUUUCAUACAUAACACGGUGCUUCAACAAGCUUGUUGAUGAAUUCGAGGAAACUUGGGAUGAUUUUCGUGGCUCUACACAGUGGUUGUUGUCAUUGGCCGCUGAAGAACUCCGCCCUCAGGCUGAUGACUCGGAGGAGCUGAACUCCGCCCUUAGGCUGCUUCUCUCCUCAAGUAUUUCAGGAAGAGUAUCGUAA